CUCACGUUCGCAGAAACUAGUUGGAGCAGAGAGUCGGCGGCAGCACUUCAUUACAUCCUUAUCACCAGCUGGGAGAAUACUCACCUGUGCGCUGCCAGGACGAAUUCACUCGGAUUUUUUGUUUUUUUAAAAUUCGUUUAACUACUGUCCGCCUAAAAAGACGCAUUGAGAUACUCUUUUAACAAUUUCAGUUGGACCCCCCGUCGUCUGUCCAGUAGCCAAACAAGUUUUUCUUUUUCUUUUUUUCUGUUGCCUUGAAUAAGUGACACUUUACAACGACACCGCAUCUUAUCCGAAGGUGUUGCUUAUUCUAUUUCACAUUUAAUUUGGAGAGACUGCGUGCCUGGCUUCAGAGAGGAUCAUAAUGGCGAGACAUGACGCCCGAAAUUGGCCUGACUGCACUAAAAUGAUCGGACUGCUCUACUUUGUUUCGUCGAUACUUAUCCAACACGGAACAUCGGGUCAGAGGGUGAAGGUAGAGCCAGAGGUGUUGUCGUAUCCUGGCCAGACAGUCAACCUGCGCUGUGCCUUCUCGGAUGCCACAGGGGUGCAGCUCACAAUGAUCACGUGGAUCUAUGAGCCAAAGGAUGGAGAAAGGAUCAACAUAGCCGUUUUUCACCCCAACUUUGACCCCAACUACCCAGAGUCACCGGUGAAGGGAAGGGUCACAUUUGCACCCAGUCCACCAACCCUGUCCAACCCUUCUAUCCAGAUAAGUGGCGUUACAAUGACUGAUGAGGGGAAGUACGUCUGUGAAUAUGCAACCUACCCCGAUGGCAACGAGCAGGGAAUUACUCAGCUGGUCAUGUUGGCCAAGCCUCAGAACUCCGCCUCCAUCGUAACAGUGAACACUGGCACUCAGCCUGUUGUGGUGGCUCGCUGUGAGUCUGUAGAUGGUCGCCCUGCUGCAAAGAUCUCCUGGGUGACCACAGCCAAGGGCAACGCAACAACAUCCACUACAGCUGGGGCUAGCAACACUGUGACGGUGAGCAGCGAGUACAACCUGGUUCCCUCACCAGAGGACAACGGGAAAGACAUCAGCUGCGUGGUGGAGCACAGGACCCAAGUCAAACCAGAAAGCAUACCAUUAAAACUAGCCAUUCAGUAUGCCCCUGUGGUGGAAAUAAAGGGGUAUGACCAUAACUGGUAUUUGGGUCGUACAAAUGUGAUUCUCAUCUGUGAGGCUAAAGCCAACCCCAUUCCCACCACCAUCAACUGGAAAACCAUGUCAGGAGAGAUGCCAGACAAUGUGCAGAUCAACGGCAAUGAGCUGAAGGUGCUGAAGGUAGAUGAGACCAUUAACACCACUUUUGUCUGUGAGGUCAAUAAUCGCAUCGGGACGGGAAAGAGUCAGGUCACAGCAAUGAUACGAGAGCCCAGAUCGAGCCCAUCCAAUGCUGGUGUGGUGGCAGGAGCUAUUAUUGGUUCCCUGCUGGCCCUCCUUUUGGUAGCUGCCCUUAUUGCCGUGCUUGUCACCCGUAGCCGCAGGCAGCAGCAAGGUUACCGAGCCAACGGCGGCAGCGACAUGAAGACGCGCAUAUUCGGUGGUGGCAAGAAAGCGAGCAAGAAUGGCACAGGUGUCGGGGGCAGCAGUGUCGGAGGUGGUAACAACAACGGCCCCAUCUAUGUUUACAAUGAGAGCUCGUCCCAUCAGGGCCUUGGAGAGAAAAACAACCACCACCAGCCACUCACAAUCGGGGGGCGGCCUGAAGUUGUUGCCACUACGCCCACUGCCCAAGACAUCCUGCUGAGCAACGAAUUAGACGAAGCAGAGAGGAGGAAGUUUGAUGAGAUGGAAGAGGAGGAGAGGUAUGACCACUUUUCUGGAGGGGCCCCAAUCCUUCAGCUACGCCCACCUCAUGACCAGGAUGAUAUGAUUGGAGAUUACCUGGAUGAUGACAUGGAGUCCCAGCGGGAUGGCUCUGUCAUCUCACGGACUGCAGUUUACGUAUAGAGGAGGAGGAGAGCAACAGAGGAGAAGGGAGAAAAAAAAAGAGGCUUGAGAAUUACUCUUGAGGAUUUCGUGGCUUUGGGGUCUUGUUCCUGUCUGGUAGAGAAAAGAAUACCAUUUUUAUUUUUGCUAAUUGAUUUUAAAUGUAUCCUAAUAUUAAUCACAAUGCAGCCCCAGACUGGACUGAAUAAGAGGGUGUGUGGGAUAUUUUAAAAGGAGGGUUGUCAGGUCUCUAUGAAUUGAAAAGCAGAAGAGAAAAGAACAACUCAUCUCCCACUACUUCUGCUCAUUCUCUCUUCACCAUUGGGACCUUGACUCUUGACUGACAGACUAAAGAGAAACUAUACAGUGUGGGAGUAAGGUAAUGGAUUACAGGAUGCAUCUGACUUGCAUAUUCUCUUACCUUCACUUGGGGGGGUGGGGUUUGCACAGUUUGUUGCCCUCAAUUGUCAGUCCUGUUUUGGUAAUGUUUUAUGCUGUAACAUCUGGUGUGUUUGUGUACAGAAGAUACCUAUGAGGUGUAUUGGGGAAGUGAACUGUUAAUUUUCUCAUGCCUAAUAAUGAGUUCUCUUAUCUGCCUUCCUCUAAAACUUUGAAAAAGGAUCUCUGAAGAUUAUCAGCAACAAUAGAGCUUCUAGAAUUGGGCUGAACCAAAUUUGAUAACCUUGUUGUCCUUUUUGGGCUUCACCAUAACAAAAAGCAGACAAUUUUAACAAAGUAAGUUUGUGGAGAGUUUGAAACAAUGUCUUAACAAGGUAUUCACAUGCAAACUUUUGUACUGUGCCUGGAGGUAAGAGACGGUAAACAAGCGAUGAGGGAAUGAGGUGCAGCCAAUCUGACAGGGUCAAGGGAUGAAGAGGGAUGUAGGAGAACGAGAAAUGAGCAUGUCUCUUCUUUUCUCUUCCUCCUCAUUUUCAUCUCCUCAGAGCUCUCCUGACAGGAGGAGCUUGAUUGGUAAUGAGCCGUGAAGUCUCUCGCUUAGCUGGGACCAGCAGAUUGCCACCACUUAUCGUUUAUGACGUGGUAUUUCCUCUUCUUCAUACCACUGCGAUUGUGUUCUCAUCCUUACAGCUCUCCCUCUUUCUUCAUCCCUCUCUCCGGUGUUUAUGAAGAGUUUAUGAUUUAUCCAGGGCAAAGCAGAGGUCAGGGCUACCGAGAGCAGAGGAGUAUUUUACUGCUCCCGAUGUGUCAAAUGCCCCACUUACUCGAGUCCAGCCCUGCCUGCCCUGACAUAUCAGGACUGACUAAUCCACCUGGAGUGGCCACACUUACUCCACCCCAGAGACAUCCUGCUUCCUUUCACGCUUUAGUAAAUGGCCGGAUGUAAGACAACCUCACAUCUAAAGAGUCUGCAUUAGCAAAGACUGAUUUUCAAUGAUAAUGAUAUAAUAUUUCUACCCAUUAGCAGAUUCGAAAGGUAGUGAAUUGAUUGAGAAAGAUAAAAAGUUGGGUAUUGACUAAGGGGUAACAUUUAGUAAAAUGGCCUUUUAUGAUCCAGGUUCAAGGCCAUUUAUUUCCCGUCUGUUAAUUCAUCUUUUUUAACAAACCACCGGAGGUCCGUCCAUUUAAGUCUGCGGUGUCAAAAGUUCUCGAGGGCUGUGUCUGCUGGUAUCGGAUCUGUCCUGCUGCAGCACAUCUGAAUCAAAUUAAUGAGUAAACAUCACUGGGCAGCAUAGACAACAAGGUGUUGAGGAGAGCCAUUUAAUUUGAAUCAGGUGUUUUGGCAAAGGGAAACAUAAAGCUUGCAAGAUUGUGGCCCUCGAGGACCGAAGUUGGACACCCUUGGCUUAAGUAAAUAUUCCUCCAUGACUACUGUACUACCACCAUGUUUGAGACUUGGUGUGUACAUUGGCAUGCAUCAGAGCUCUUCCAUUCACACUUUUCCCGGCCCUUUAAUCAGCUCACCUUUGACACCCAUAGGAGGAAUCCAGCGAGUGUGGUCUCGAUGUCUGGACCGACUUCUGUUAGGCCAGCAAAGAUUGAGGCUGGCUUUUGCUUCAGUUAGUAAGGUCAAAGAUGGUGGACCCUUGCCAAGGGCAAAGAUGACUGUGCUCGCCUGCAUCUCUUAUCAUGGUUGUUUAACCUUGACCUACUGAAGUCACACUUGAAUGCAGACCUUGUAUCUGUGUAGUUGGAGUCGGCCCUUAUUUGCCAUUGUGAUGGCUGGUAACCUUCAGACAGGCGGAAAGGGAACAGGAAAGAGACACAGGAGAAGACAAAAAUAGAGACAGCAUUUAGUGUUGAUCACCAUGUGGCAUAUUGUAAGCCUGCGUGUUCGAUAGGAUUAUCUUUUAAUGGCCUUAGCUUAUACAUAAAUGCAGGUCCUGUCAACCGGAGGUACAGUAAAUGUACUGAACACAGCUGAUUUGUCACAACCACUCUAUAUGAAAAUGUAUUACUUAUUUUUGCACUUGUGUUUGUCACGUCUACAAAGAGAAAUGAGUGUGAAACUUGGUUUAAAGGUUUUAAAAAAAAAACGGACAAAAAUUAUGUACAUUUUGAUGUAAGGUGUCUGUGUAUCAUAUGUCUCUUUAUUUUUCUUGUGAAAAUGUGCAUAUUUAUGAAAAAUGUAAAUAUCAGAUUGAUGGAGCCAGUUAUGCCUGGAAUGAAAAGGAAGACAUUCAGGCUUAGCCUAAAGUUCAAAUGUCUAGGAGGGAUGUCAGAAUGUAAUUUUUAAUAUGAUUACCUCAGUAGUUUGGGUGUUAACAACACACUCAACUAGCUGAGUCUAGUUGACCCAAAACCUAGGAAUCAAUUUUGUUUUGGGGAGAAAAUUAGAUAUACUUGUAAUUUAAUUUUCCAAUUUCCAUAUAAUAAGCACAGAAUUUCUUUGUGGACAAGUAGCUUUUUUUCCCCUCGUUUUGACUGCCACUCUGCGUAGGGCAAAAAUACACACAAUUUAUUAGGCAGAGUGUAACCACACAAGCAGUGUUACAUCUGAGUCAGCUUUCUGUUUGUGUAUAGUUGUGUGUUUGUGUAUUCCGGUGUCACUUGCAGGCUUUGGGACAUCUCUUUGCCAUUGGGGUUGUAACCUGAGUUGCUGCUCUCUGUCACUGUAAAAAAAAAAAAACUGGUAAACUGAAGUUUUUAUUGUGCAUUUUAAA